CUAUAAAUACACCCCACCAUAUAUGUAUAGCUCCAUCACAAUUCAAAUAUAGACCACAUCAAUUACAUACUACAAUAAUAAUACGUCAAAGUGAUAUAUACAAAAACAAUGGGGGCGGGGAGAGCGGCGGCGCUGACGGCGGGUUGUGCGCUUCUCGCGGUGGUGCUCAUGGCGGCCGGUGCGGCGGCACAGAGCGCCACCAACGUUAGGGCGACGUACAACAACUAUAACCCACAGAACAUCGGGUGGGAUUACAACACAGCGAGCAUGUUCUGCGCGACCACCGACGCCGGCAGGCCGCUUUCGUGGCGGCAGAAGUAUGGUUGGACUGCCUUCUGUGGGCCCGCCGGGCAAUCCGGCCAAGCUGCCUGCGGAAAGUGUCUAAGUGUGACUAACACGGCAACGGGCACUCAAGCAACGGUGAGGAUCGUGGACCAGUGCUCGAACGGAGGGUUGGAUUUGGACGUGAAUGUGUUUAACCAAUUGGACACUAACGGAGACGGGGUCCGUCAGGGCCACCUCACAGUCAACUACAGCUUCGUCAACUGCAACGACUAAGUCAACGUUACGUUAUUCCAAAGAUUAUUUAUUUUGGGUUGGCUUGUAAUAAAGGAAAUGUGUACUCCGUGGGUUCCAUGUGUACUUGUAUGAAUAAAUGGAAACCUCAUGAGAAUAAGACAAUAAUCUUAUUAUUUAAAAUAGUAAUAUCUACAUAUAAUAUACUAUGAAAUACCAAUAAAUAAUACUUCUUAUCACAUCACAAUAAUUUUAUUUUGUGAAUAAAAAUAUGUAAUGUUUAUCCAGAUAGACUAUAUUUUGUUAUUAUUUUGGAUGAUUUCUGUAUGAUAAACUAUUGAUAUUGCGACAAGACUGCAAGACAAAACUACUUCAGCGCGACAAAAAAUGGAUUUUUUUUGCAACGGAAUUUUUGCAACGGAAAGUGAAAAAAUGCGUUGCAAUUAU